AGUUUAACCUCAACUCCUCGACUCCAUCGCUAUUAAAGACAAAAUCCCCCACCCCACCCCACCCCCACCCCCACUCACCCACCCUGUUCUGCUAAAUCUAAAGCUCCAUUUUCAGUCGUGUACACUAAGUAAUCGCAAUUUCUCCAAUCUCAGGUCAAAUUGAAGUUGUGAUUGAAAAUGAAUCCAAAAGGUUUGAUUUAUAGCUUUGUUGCGAGGGGGACUGUUGUUCUAGCUGAGCAUACACCUUAUUCAGGGAACUUUAGUACCAUUGCUGUCCAGUGCUUGCAGAAGCUCCCUUCAAAUAGUAGCAAGUAUACAUACUCAUGCGACGGUCACACCUUCAACUUCCUUUUAGAUAGUGGCUUUGUCUUCCUAGUUGUUGCUGAUGAACCAACAGGAAGAAGUGUACCGUUUGUGUUUCUUGAAAGGGUUAAGGAUGAUUUCAAGAAACGUUAUGGUUCAAGUAUCAAAAAUGAUGGCGAUCCACAUCCUCUUGCUGAUGGUGAUGAAGAAGAUGAUGAUCUAUUCGGGGAUCGUUUUAGCAUUGCGUACAAUCUUGACAGAGAAUUUGGGCCAAAACUUAAAGAGCACAUGGAAUACUGUAUGAACCAUCCUGAUGAAAUGAGCAAGCUGUCUAAAUUGAAGGCUCAAAUCACAGAAGUCAAAGGAAUAAUGAUGGACAACAUUGAGAAGGUUUUGGAUCGGGGUGAGAAGAUUGAACUGCUAGUGGAUAAAACCGAGAACCUUCAGUUCCAGGCUGACAGCUUCCAGAGGCAAGGAAGGCAGCUUCGUCGCAAGAUGUGGUUUCAGAACCUUCAAAUGAAACUGAUGGUUGGUGGUGCUAUUGUAAUUUUCAUUAUCAUCGUUUGGCUUUUCGCUUGUGGAGGUUUCAGUUGUUGAAAAGAGAUUUCGACGUAAUCAUUUGGUAAUAGUACACUUUUAUCUCUCAUUUCUGUAGUGUACAAAACCUUUCUUGUAAAUGUGAGACAAUGCUGCGGAUGCUUUGUUUUGGUGACUUAAUACUAUGGUAUGGUACCUAUUAGUAUACGUAUGGUUAGCUUUCGUGUGUAAUUUAGCGUAACGAUUCAUCAUACGAUUGUAAAGAGUGGCUAGACGUACAUACCACAACGCGUACAGGAACAGCAAUAACAACUACUUAAAAUCUGAAAA